GAAAGGAGCGGGAAUUUCUUGGAACGAUCUCGUCUCGUUUUUGCUUUUCCCGUGCUUUCGUUGAGGAAAAACUAGUAAAAUCCGGCAUAAUGCCGCGUCCAUCGCAAUCUCGUGCUUCUGCUAGCCAACCGCUUAGUAUUUCUCAAGUCCAGGCCUCGCAAUCAUCGGAAGCGGUAGUCGACAUCACCUCGUACGUUACCGCCGUCGUGAAGGCAAUCCUGAAUUUAUCCUGCAACAAAGCGAUAAUCAAACGGGCGGAUCUAGUGAAUAUCGCAUUGAAGGGAAAUGGUCGGUUAAUUGGAAGGGUGCUGCAGGAAGCGGUUGUCGAGCUUAAGGAUAUCUACGGCUACGAGCUCAUCGAGGUGGAGAAGAACAAAACCAUGAUUCUCUGUUCCACGCUUCCUUGCGGAUCGAUGGACGAACUCAAUGAUGCCGACCGUCGACGGUACAUCUUCCUGUAUCUUAUUUUGGGUUACAUCUUUAUGAAGAACGGGUCGGUACCGGAGACAAUCGUGUGGGAGUUUUUAGAAACGCUGGGUAUCGAGGAGCAGCAAGAGCAUAAUUACUUCGGAGACGUGAAGAAGAUGUACGACUCCUUUUUCAAGCAGCUUUACUUGGCACGCACCAAACAGGUGCUCGAGGGCUUGAACGACGACGUGAUGUUGAUUAGCUGGGGCGUACGUUCAAAGCACGAGGUGUCGAAAAAGGAAAUUUUGGAAGGCUUUUGCAAAGUAAUGAACCGAAAUCCGGUCGAUUUCAAAACACAGUACAUCGAAGCUAACGAACACGACCAUGUUGAAGAUGAUUGAAACGAAUGAUUCAUAUUAAAUUAGUUUAAUCUCAUGUUUUCCAAGAAAAAUUAGUUAGAAACCUUACUCAGCAUGUGUUGUCGGUAGAUCGGUCGCGAUGAUGUAGUAUGUUUUU